AUGAUGACGAGCAAGCUAUCUCUCGGCGCUCUAACAUCCAGUAGCGCCGGCAUCAUCACUGCAUACAUCUGUAAACAAUGGCUCGAUCACUCGUAUCCUAGGAUUUCCAUUAGCAAAGUAUCGCGAUUGAGUGCAUGUCGACAACUUGUGGACAAAGCAUGUGACAGCGCCUCGGACACAGACAUGCCAAAGGCAUGGGGAGCAGACAACGCAGGCCUGUUAUCCUCAUGGUCGGAAGCCAACUCUGGGGAUCGAAAAGAUCGCUGGUUGUCAUCAUAUGUUGCAGUUCAGCUAGACGUGCCACUGGCGCUACUAGCAUCCUACACAAGCGAGCCCAAUCAAGCCAAACCAAACAAAUGUGACAACAAAACGCAUACCACGGACGACAUGACGCGAAAUCUAAUCAAGGCCUUUCUCGAAGCACGGUCAAAUGGCCCUGAUGGAUGGCUCAUAGACAGGAACGUGCCUGCAGUAGCUUUCACGCCCGGGAGUCACUUAUUCGGAGACUCGGGUGGUCUCUCUGCCUUCAUGUUUGGCAGCUGGAGUUCGAGGUCAAACAUAUCAAUCCACCCUUCUGGUCUCCCUAAAGAAGCACCUCUUCCAAGUUCGUUCUUUCCCUCCAACGAAGAACUUAUCGCAUCACAAGGCUCAUCUCUACCUGAGUCGACUGGCACAGUCAUCUACUGGAGGGUUCCCUCUGGGUGGACCAAUACGUUGAACCAUGUAGCGGCCUACGGCUGGCCGUGGCGACUAAUGGAUGGUGGUUUCCAGGAAUUCAUCGUGGAGAGAAUAUCGGACGAAACAGCGAGAGUGACCUACAUCACAGUGGAGUGCUCUGACUUGCGUCCUAGUGAUCAAGCAACAAAUGAUUUUAAAAGGCCGCCGUGGCUCCUCUACGAGGCUCACGUUUUAUACGCCCAAAGUCUUCUUUUUAGGACCGUUCAACAGCUGAAGAAGACACAUUCGACAUCGAAAUGUUAA